GACAUCAUUAUUUCGUAUUUUAAUCAAGUUUAGUACAGGUUUAUUGUAACUUAUUUUAUUACCUCGAUGUAUUAAUAUAAUAAAAUCAAACUAGUCUCUUUAUUGUAAUGGAUCCGAAUAAAACAAAAAGUGCAUCUGAAGGUAUAGCACCAAUGGGAAUCACAUCACUAAAUGAGACGGUGCUCAGCAACCAGCCGGAGUCAAGAUAUGAAUGUCCUGUCUGUCUCAACUGGCUCAGAGAUCCCGUAAUCACCACCUGCGGGCAUAAAUUCUGCAAGAGCUGCAUUACAUCAUGGCUACAGAACAGUGGCCAUUGCCCCAUUGACAACAUCAACUUGAGCAUGAAAGUGGAUAUCUUCCCUGAUAACUACACUAAGCGGGAAAUACAGGAGCAAAGGAUGUCAUGUCCAUUUGCUGCUAAAGGCUGUAACGUGAAGGUAACCCCGCUGGACCUGGAUGCGCACAUUGCGUCCUGUGAGCACAACCAACCUGACACUUCUGCGGUGCAAGCGCGUCUGCCCUGCGCCUUCCAUGCUGUCGGCUGUAAGGAUUCUUUUGACAGCCAAGAUGAUAUGAACAAUCAUCUGCAGAAUGAUGUACAGAAACAUAUGAGUUUUCUGAUGAAUGCAUAUUCAGAGAUAAAAAUCAACAAUGACAUAUCAAAUGCUAGCAUUGAUACGAAGGAGCAGGAGGCCAUGAAUCUGUGGGAGGCACCUGAUAAGGAGGGCGCUCAAGCCGCUGCACCCCUUACAAAUACCAGCACCCUUAUAAGAGCUCUAUACGAACGUGUGGUUGUCUUAGAACAACGUAACCGUGAGCAGGAUAUUGUGUUAGCGAACUUGACAAAGCAGUUGUCAGCGCUGGCGGUGGCCAAGAUGAAGCAGAACAGUGACAUGCUGCUUCGAUACUGUGCCGGCAACUACAUCUGGAGAGUUGACAACUUCCAGCAAAGGCUGGACGCUAUGCUUAAAGAUAAUUACAAGAUGCUCUACAGCCCGGGAUUUUAUACCUCACCUAAUGGAUACAGAUUCUGUGUUCGUUUAAACAUAUCACCGCAGAACUCUCUGUUCUUCGCUCUUCAUGUCCAUCUCAUGAAGACUGAGAACGACGACUGCUUGGAAUGGCCAUUCAAUGGACGCAUCUCCUUUGCAAUGAUUAACCAGUUGGACGCUGAACGGACGCAGCGAGACACAAUGAUGUCCAACUCCAAUCUGGUAGCGUUCCAGAAGCCAAGCGCUGAAAUAUGUCUCAGAGGUUUUGGGUAUACAGAGUAUGCCUUAAUCAGUGAUGUUGUUAGGAAUGGAUUUGUGAAGAAUGAUGUGCUUGUUAUUAAAGUUACUAUUAAAUGUGUUUAAUGUUGUGAGUUUAAAGUGUUUAAUAAAGGGUGUUUCUUAUUAAAUGGCCAAACAUAUUGAUCAAUCCAAGGAUAAUUUUUACUUAGUA